GUAGCCCCUGAAGAAGAUGAAAGGAAAAAGAGGCGACGGGAACGAAAUAAGAUUGCAGCCGCUAAGUGCCAAAACAAGAAGAAGGAGAAGACAGAGUGCCUGCAGAAAAAGUCAGAGAAGCUGGAGAGUGUGAAUGCCGAGCUGAAGGCGCAGAUAGAGGAGCUGAAGAAUGAGAAGCAGCAUUUGAUAUACAUGCUCAACCUGCACCGGCCCACAUGCAUUGUCCGGGCCCAGAAUGGGCGGACUCCAGAAGAUGAGAGAAACCUAUUCCUCCAACAGAUAAAAGAAGGAACACUGCAGAGCUAAGCAACCAUGGUGUGGGGCA